AUGUCAGUAUUACGCUACCUUCUUCCGACCCUGGCCCUGGCGCUGGGAGCCAUCGCCGAGUCUCGCAACUUCGAGUUGGAUCUUACCUGGCAGACGGCCUCCCCCGAUGGAUUCGCCCGGGAGAUGAUUUUGGUCAACGGCCAGUUCACUGGCCCAAGGAUUGAGGUCACCGAGGGAGACGAUGUCACUAUCAAGGUUCAUAACAACCUCCCCUACUCGACCACCGUCCACUACCACGGCAUCGAGCAGUUGAAUACCCCCUGGUCCGAUGGUGUCCCUGGUGUCACCCAGCGCGCCAUCCCUCCCGGUGGCAGCUUCGUGUACCAGUGGAAGGCUACCCAGUACGGUGCCUACUGGUAUCACGCCCACUGGGAGAGCCUCAUCGAGGAUGGUCUCUUCGGCCCCAUCACCAUUCACCCAGCCGCCUCUCACCAGAAGCCCUUCAGCUUGAUCUCCAGCGAUGGUGCCGCUAUCAACGCCAUGGAGAAGGCCGAAAAGAAGGUCGUUCCCCUUGUCCUCUCCGACCAUCGCCACAUGAUCUCCGAGGAGGUCACGAAAUAUUCUUCGGCCGCCAACAUCCAGUUCUCUUGCUACGACUCCUUCCUUUUCAACGGAAAGGGCAAAGUCACGUGCCGCACUCCCGAGGAAAUCGAUGCGCUCUUGACCCAGGAGAGAAAGGAUGUCUUGGCCAACCUUGCUGGUGCCAGAAUGACAGACAAGGCCUGUAUUCCCGCUGCUAUCGUCGCCCGUGGCCAAGGAGACCUGAGCAAGGUUCCUCCCGGUGUCUUCGAAGGCUGCCAGCCCAGCGAUGGUGGCCAGGAGACCUUCAAGGUCGAGAAGAGCAACUGCGACACUGAGAAGUGGGUUGCUUUCGACAUCAUUGGUGCCUACCACCUGCACACAGCCAUGUUCUCCAUCGACAACCACUCCAUGUGGGUCUACGCGAUGGAUGGUGCCUACGUUCUCCCUCAGGAGGUUGAAGCCAUUCCCGUCACCAACGGCGACCGCUACUCCGUUCUCGUCAAGUACAAGCAACAGGGUGACUUCUCCAUCCGCGCCGCCUCCGUGAUCGCUACCCAGAUGCUUAGCGGUACCGCUCUUCUCCAGUGGCGUGAGAAGGGCCAGCCUGAGCCCCAGAUCGUCCCCUCCGCUCCUUGGGUCCGCGACAACGGCCAGCCCGUCUCCCGCGAUGUCCGCGUCUUCCGCCAGGCCCUCGCUAAGCCUUACCCGCCCAUCUCCAUCCCCCGCAACGGCGAUGUCCUCCACAAGUUCAAUAUGCACACUUCGGGCGGUUCCUACUUCUGGGCCCUGAAUGAGACCGUCCUCCUCCCCGCGGAUUAUGAGAACGACAACCCUGUUCUCUUCAGUCUCAACACCAAUGAGAACGAUCCUACCAUCGUUUCGACCAAGAACGGUACCUGGGUUGACAUGGUCUUCCAGGUUGUCAACUCGCCGCAGCCCCCUCACCCUAUCCACAAGCACGGCAACAAGAUGUUCCUGCUCGGCUCCGGCGCUGGCAACUUCACCUGGAACUCCAUCGAAGAGGCUGUCGCCGCCAACAGCACUGGCUGGAACCUGAACGACCCUCCUCGCAGGGAUGGUUUCGCGACCCCUAACGCCAUCAACGGCCCUACAUGGAUGGCUGUGCGGUACCUCGUCGACAACCCUGGCGCCUGGUUGCUCCACUGCCACAUUCAGAGUCAUAUCCAGGGAGGUAUGUCUGCCAUCAUCCAGGACGGCAUCAACGCCUGGCCCGUCACACCGCAAGAGUUUGUCAACUACCCCUAA